AUGAACGACGUCGAGUUCAACGCUGUAUGGGACUUCCUAAACGAGUCUAACCUCGACGAACUGGUCGGGGGUCAAGUGACUACUGCCAAUGACGCAACAAGUUUCCUCCAAAGCGCAUUUGAGGCUUCUGUUGCUGCAUUUAACGCUGGUAACACCAGUCCGUCCAAGGCUUCUGUGAUAUCUAACAGAACCAGCGUGGAGAGCACGUCCGACGAUGAAAUGCAGCCAUCUACUCAACCUCCAAGACCGUCGAUGACGGUGGACCAACGUGAACGACAGAAAGCGUAUGACCGGAAAUAUCGUAAAAAGAAAGAUGUAUGGAGAACUGAAGCGGCCAAAGCUUUCGUCGCCGGGUUGAGACUCCUCAAUGUAUUGCUGGACGAUCGAAUUCAAAGGACGAGGAAAGUUUCGGCGACGAUGAGAUUGUUGGUUCUCGGCAAGGACGACCGGAAGUUCCCCGACUUUGAUCGAGAAAUGGAGGGGGCCAACCACGAGGCCAAGACGCAGCUGGGGUUAAAUCAAGCUGCUAAGACAUACAUCGAGCUGUGGACAGCCACGUGGACACUGAGUAAGAUCGAAAAGGGCAGGUUCUUUCUGAAACCGUACGCGCCGGAUAUCGAGAAAAACCUCAAAGAGCUGGUCAAGCUCGGAGAGAAACUUAAGGAAUCGACGGUGGAGUUAGAGUGGUGUCUGGAUCAAAAACCGAAAGGAGUUUGGGUUUAA